AGGAUGGCGCACCCCACGUUCCCCCUACUGGAGACGUUCUACGACUCCAAGCACCGAGCACACGUCCUAGUUGACCAUGGCGAGGUGUUGGCGCCCCUCCGCGCACGUACCCACUCCCCCCUUCGGUGGGAUGAGCGGUAUGUGUCGUACCUUCGCCGGGCUGGGAUGCUUCCUCUUGCUCGGGUUGUGUGUGCGGGCCUCCCAGCUAUGGAUGCGCCUAUGCUAACUACUUUUGUGGACCGUUGGAGGCCGGAGACACAUUCUUUUCAUUUACCUUGCGGGGAGGUCAGCCACUGGCACAGUGGGAACAAAGGCAAAGGAUGCAUCCGGAAAGUGGACCGGCACAUAGGCACAACCAUUAUAAGGAGUACCUUCGGUGGCUUCAUUCGGUGGCUAGAGUUUCAGUCAAGCCACCACAAUCCACUGAACCUAUAGAAGACCACGCGGACACCGACGAUGAUGAUGACAUAAUCGAUGAGUACGAUCAGAUCACUCGUGAAGGAGUUCAGCCCGAACGGGGCCCUUUGCAGAACUACAUGGCACAACAACUCGGAUGCCUCGCUAACCAGGCUGGCGUGGCAAUGGCUCAUGCAAACGAAGGAGACAAUGGCGGGGGGCACUUUAGGGCAUUUGUCGAGAGAGUCCGUCGGAGCUGCAGGCGGAUGGCUGCGAGGCUCAAUUGCAUGGCUCGGCCAGACGAGGCGUUUGGUCCACAGGCCCCUGGUGUGGGAACUUCAAGUGCCCGUGGCCCCACUUCCAGUACACGGACACCGAUUCACUACGGUGCUGCAACCGCUACAACUCCUGGGCAUUCCGGUUCGAGAAGCCAUUCAAGGUCCACUUCCAGGACUGGUUCACGUGCCUUGUCAAGGGGCAAAGGUAUCCAGUCAUCCGAAGGCAGUGAAGAGUCCGGCCGGCAAGGCGACUCAGAAGAUGAGGACCCAAGCUUUGAGGUUCUUAGGAUGUCGCAGAUGUUUGAUGCUCCCCCAGCUAUGCAGACUCAGGGCGAAUCGAGCUAGGGACCUUGAGACGCUCCUCGAGACUCGGGAAAUGCUUCCCCUCCGCGGCGUCGACGAAGGCGUGCUCGUGACCACACCGACGUCGGUAGCGGGAACGUGCUCCCUACAGCCCCUGGAAGGCUACGGCGCCAACGUGACCCUUUCAGCCCUACCUAACAGCAGCGCCACCGUAGAUGAAGCAGCGAGCUCCCAGUUGUGUGCGUGUAUGAUUUGUGUUGACCUUGUCAAAACCUAGGUACUUAUUUCUGUGUGUCAUGCAGUCUCUGUAUUCGUGUUUAUCUUGCACUAUGAAACCUAUGAAUCUUGUAGACCUAGUACUAUUUUUGUGUUUGAUGCACUAUAUGUAAGACUGUCGCACUAUGAAACCUAUGAGUCUUUGUAUGAUUUGUGUU